CACUGUAAAGUUUGACACGCUAAGCACUUUGAAUUGCUUUAUUCUAAUGUAUCAUACUAAUAAAGUCAUUUACCCAGAAACUAAAGAAGAAACAGCUGUUUUAAGAGACUGAAGAAGAAGAAACAGCUGUUUUAAGUUUCCACACAGAUGUUGGACCUUUUGCAUCCAGCAGCUGGAGGAUCUGUGACAGGAAGUCAGUCUCUCCCACCGACACGCCCAACAUAACUAUAAAGCUCAGUGUGUCUUUAGCUCUCUCGCCCGCUGCCUGUCGCUGCCUCCUCUCAGUCCUCUGCAGCAGAAGUCACAACAGACGCCAACAUGUUUAUGGCGAAGGCGUUCAUCAAAGGCCUCAUCAAUGUGGUCAGCGACAUCGACCCGUCACAGUUUCGUCCUGCAGACCCUCCUCCACCUCGCAGACCUCUGAACUUCGCCGAGACUCAUGAGACUGAAGAGGAGAAACAGUUUCGGAGGGUUUUCAAGCAGCUGGCCGGAGAUGACAUGGAGGUGAGUCCUAAAGAGCUGAUGGACAUCCUCAACAAAAUCGUUUCCAAACAUGGAGGUCUGACGACUGACGGCUUCAGCAUCGAGUCCUGCAGGAGCAUGGUGGCCGUCAUGGACAGCGACAGCACAGGGAAACUGGGCUUCCACGAGUUCAAAUACCUCUGGAACAACAUCAAGAGAUGGCAGGGUAUUUAUAUGUCCCAUGAUGCCGAUGGUUCAGGUGUGAUCUGUGAUCAAGAGCUGCCGAGAGCAUUCAAGGCUGCAGGCUUCCCUCUGAACGACCAGCUCUACAAGCUGAUUAUCCGUCGCUAUAGCGAUGAGCACGGCAACAUGGACUUUGACAACUUCGUCGGCUGCCUGGUGCGACUGGACGCCAUGUGCAGAGCCUUUAAGACCCUGGACAAGGACAACAAUGGCACCAUAGCCCUGGACAUCAAGGAGUGGCUUCAGCUGACGAUGUAUUCAUGAAGUGACGGAGGGAAACGUCCUCUCUUCUCCAUCUCAUCCCUCGCUCCCUCUCAUUCCACUCGUGUGUGUGUGUGCUAACCAGUGUGCAAUAAACCUCCUCGUCUCCAUGGUAACGGGACCAGAAUGCCAAAAGUCAGAAGGAAAACUCUUCACCGGGACCAAAGUGUGGAGCUGAAGCUGCUGCUGCACCGUCCUGCUGCUGCCAGGCGGCGGCGCCACAACAUCCUGACACAUUUAUAUGUUUCAUGACUUUAACAUUUGAAGAAUUCUUGAUUUUUAUUGGCUGAAAAUGUUAAAGACAAUAAAGUGACCCAACUGACAUUUUAAUGCUG